AUGUCGCAAACAAUUACUUGUUUAGAUUUAGUAGAAGAAACUCUAAAGGUUAAUUUGGAUCAUUUUCUUCGGAAUGGUCAAGUUGAAGAGUGUUUUGAAAGAUCUAGAUAUGAUCAGUUUUUAUCAUUCCUCGAUAAGAAUAUUUUCAAUCAAGUUUGUCAAGCUAAUAGUAGUCAUCUAUUCAUUUCAAAGGCUGGAUUAUAUGCAAUUUAUAAUACUUUAUUUGUUUUAAAUAAGAGUGAAGAGUCAUCACCUAUUCUAUGUAUGAAAAGAUGUAUGAUUAUUACAUUGGGAAUGUUUUAUAGAAAUGAAGGAUUAUUCAAUGAACAUUAUUGGACAUUGCCGACCAAUGAAAAGAUUGAAAAUAAUUUAUUUAAGAAUUACAUGAUUGAAAUGUUGAGAAUUAAUGAAUCUUCUAUGGAUUUUACAAUGAAUUUAGAUGAUGUUGAUUUUUUGAAAACUUCAAUAUUCAAUUCUCUUUGUACAUUCCUUGAUUGCCACAACAGUUCAAUGAAUUGGUUCACGAAUGAGAUUGAUUGCUUUGAGACGAUUUUUAAACAUAAUAUUAAGAGUGAAAAUAUAUAUUUAAGACAGGCAUGUAUACAGUGUUUACUAUUAGUUUCGCAGUAUUGGUAUCAGAAUGGAAAGGGGGAUUUUCUAAUCAGAAAGAUUUUAGAUUUAUUGGAACCUUUUAAGAAGGAAAAUAUUUUAGAAUAUUUGGAAUUUAUUCUUCAAUUAGUAACUCUGAGUUUUAAUGACCAUAAUAAUACAUUUGAUUUUACAAUGAUGAGGCCUUUGAGUACAACCAUUCUUCAAGAGGUUCUGCUACAAACAAAACUGAUUGAAAUUUUGAUUCAGGAUGAUUCUAUUUCUGAGACACAUGAUUUGAGAGUUGUAGAAAGGCUAUACGACAUUUUAAUUUACCUUUCUAAUCACUCAAGUGUUGAGAAUUCAAAUUCAUUGCUAAAGUUAUCAGGUCCAUGUGAUUCUAUUGGACAUACAAUUGAAAUUAUUCAACUAUGCCUUUUAUCAAAUGAUAAUGGAUUCCAAGAAAUUGGUAUCAAAAUUAUUUCCAACUUUUCCAAAGAAAUUUUAUUUAUUAAGCUUGCAGACAAGAUUAUUCCACUCAUGUCAAUACUAAUCAAUAUGUGGAAAUCUCUAAUUAAUCCAGAAACAAACUCUUUCACCAACUUUACCUUUAUGAGCAUGAAACAAAAGGGAAAAUUUAUUUUAGGCAUAACCAAAUGUCUCACUAGAUUCAUUAAUGAUAAAUCCAUCUCAAAUCUAUUUGAAAAAAUGGCUCUACAGAAUACCAUUAUUGAAACUGCUAGAUUGUACGAUCACAUUAAUAAUCCCCUUUGCUCUAAAGUAUUUGAGUUACUGUAUAGUUGGUCCUACCACUCAAAUAUUCAACUUGAUACUGAGCAUUCUAAUUAUUUAUGGUUUCUUUUUCACAACACACUGGUACCAAAGACAUUCACCGUAGUUAGCAAGAUUAUUCCACUUGUAUGUUUGGAUGAAGAGCAAACAUUUGCCAUUGUAUCUGAUAGAUGUUUGGAUAUGAAUUGGGAAAUACGUGAUUCAGUAAUUGAUUUUUUAAGAUUUAUAUUUAUUGAGAGCAAUAAUCAUCCUUCAUUCUUAAAGAUUGCAAAUUAUUGUUGUGAAAAGCAAUCAGAUCUCCUUAAAUUAAUUGACCAAAAGCUUGUUGACAAGGAACACUUUGUUGUACUCAUGACCUUCAAAGCUCUCUAUUCAAUGAUACUAUUUAUGGUUAAUUCAAAGAAAUCACCAAUGACUAUUCAAUUUUUAAUCAAAAUAUUUGAGACAGCCAACCAGAACACAGAAUAUUUCAUUAAGAAGGAAGCUAUUGAGAUUUGCAAAAACUUGAUUGUCAAAAAGGUAAUAACACUGACUGACAUUUUAGAAAAUCCAACUAUGGUGAAGUGUAUAUCAACUGUUGUUGAGUUUUCAUCAAUGGAAUGUGAUGUUGAGGUAGCCAACCAAUUUUUACAGUUAUCGAAUGUUAUCAUUAAUUUACAAGAUCAACCUAUUGCACAAGUUCUACAAUUUCUGAUAGAAAUUAACUCUACACCAGUCAUUAAGGAAUAUUUCGAAAAUACCAUGGUUGAAAGUAACAAUAAUCUAUCCAUUUCAAUAAUUGCGAACAUUUCAAGACAAUUAUCAAAUCUUCCACUUUCAUCUCCUCUUCUUAACCAUUCAUUCUGUGAGUUCAUUCAAUCUUGCCAUACUUCCCUCCAUCAUCACGAUAAUCACCACGAACAUGUUUCUCUAGUUCAGGAUUUCUUUAAUUUUGACAAUGAUGAUUAUGAUUGUCAGUGUUGUUAA